AUGAGUGAACACAAAAUAUGUCAGAUGAUUAAUGCAGAAAAAUGUGCAGAUACAGAUAAUCAAUUUGAUUGUCUCUACGCAUUUUAUCCUCUCGAUGAUUUUUGGAGGUAUCAAACGGAUUCAGUAUCAGUUAUACCUUAUUGUAUUCGAUCAUUAUCAUUAUCACCACCUAUUACAAUCUGCCAGAAUAAUGGACAAAAAUAUACAUUUGAACAAUGGAAAUUUGAUAACAUAACAUGUGGCAAUUUAUAUGAAUGGAAUGUACCUAUUGAUAUUACUGAUGAGUAUGGAAAAUAUUUAAAUUAUAAUUCCACAUUACCAUUAAGUUAUUGCAAUUUUCAUAAAGAUCUAACGUGUUAUAUGGGAUUAAAAUGUGUCGGACAAAGAUUAUAUCUUGAUUGGAGACAAAUAUGUAAUAGUAUUGUUGAUUGCGAUAACGGUGAAGAUGAACUUGAUUGUUUACAAUUAGAAAUAAAUGAAUGUGAUAAUAAAACAGAAUAUCAUUGUAAAUCGGGUAUGUGUAUUGAUAAAACAUUUGCGUCUGAUUUAAUACAUGAUUGUCAAGAUGACAGUGAUGAAGACGUCACAAUUCGUUUCGUCGGUUUCGUUUGUUGUUACAUCAAUUAA